AUCUUCCAGCCCCCGACAUGGCAGUCUCCCAGAGGACGCUCAACUGGUUGUAUUCCGUCCUCACCAAGGACCACUACGACCCCAACCAGACCUACCACGAUCCCAACCGUGCCUAUCACGACGUCGUCAAUGCGCUCGCUCAGUACCCCUCGCUCUCGCCUCGUACCGAUGUUUACACCUUUGAGAAUGGCUUCUCGGCCCUGCUCCUGCACCUUGUGGGCACGCUGCCUGUGGCCUUCCGUGGCACCACAUAUCGAUUCCCCGUCGCGCUCUGGAUCCCAAAUACCUAUCCUCGCGAGCCUCCUAUAGUCUAUGUGACGCCUACCCAAGACAUGAUGGUUCGAGUUGGACAGCAUGUUACGCUCGAGGGGCGCGUGUAUCAUCACUACCUGGCACACUGGGCCGAGGCGUGGGAUAGAUCAUCCAUAUCCGAUCUUCUCUUGAUCCUCCGAGAAGUUUUUGCGAAGGAACCCCCCGUUCGAAAUCGACAACAAAUGGCCCCUCAAUCCCAGACCCAGCAGACGCAGACUCCGCCCCCAUUACCUCCUCUGCCACCAGGGAUGGGGCCUUCAUCAACACCUCCAGCACAACCGCAGUCUGCCGAACCGGUGAUACAGACUCCCCCGCAGCUGCCACCCAAGCCUGGAGCUGCCACUGUACCUCAGCAGCUGCCAACACGCACGGCGGAGCAGUAUCAGUCUCCCCCACCACUUCCUCCGCUGCCUCCGAAGGAAUAUAAUGCCGGUCGAGUUACCUCAUUAAGCCGUGCUUCCAUGACCAGCGCGGGCGGCGGCCAGGUACCUCAACAAUUCGCUACUUCUCCUCACCCAGUCCAGCAACCUAUGUCACCCUCGGUAUCACAGGGUCAAACAGCUCACGGUAGGAACAUGAGCGGGCCAGUCGGCCCUGCAGCUGGACCACAACAGGUAUUGUUCGCUCAUCAUGCUGGGCCACCUGUUCCUCAAGUUUCCCCCCAACAACCGCCUCACUUUUCACAAGCACCACCGUCACAUUACCCGGGAUACCAGCCCCAGUCUCAGCAACCCCCGGGGCCUCCAUAUCCCACAAACUCACCACAUCCUUCGAAUUUCCAGCGGCCGCCUCCAGCGGCGCCGGCACCGAAGGAAACGCCAGACCUUCUCACAUCGCCGUUUGAGCUUGAGCUGCCAUCAUUUGCGCCCGCGGGGCCUGCACCACCGAUCCCACCAAAUCCAGAGAAAGAUGCCUUGCUACAUGCGGUAUCCCAAACUCUUGCUGAGACCUUGCGAGCCCAAGCAACGCAGUCCGACACCGCAUCGCAAUCGCUCGUCUCUCAGUCGCGAUCAUUGCAGGCUACAAUGGCCACGCUUCAAGGGGAAGUCACCGCACUCAAUUCCCUCCACGCAACGCUCCAAUCCAACACUGCGGUCCUGCAGCAGUCUAUCCACCGUGCAGACGCCACCAUCGCUGAUGCUCAAGCCCGCUCAGUGUCCAUCUCGUCCUCUGCUGCGUCUUCCUCUGCCGCUGCUGGGUCUUCAGACCCCCCAUCGGGUCUUCCCCCCAUUGACGAGGUCCUGGUCGCUCCCACCGUAGUAGGGAAGCAGUUGUAUGAUUUAGUUGCCGAGGAACAAGGUCUCCAACAUGCGCUGUACGCGUUACAAGCAGCUCUGGUCCGUGGUGUGAUAGGGGUCGAUUCGUGGUCUCGACAUACGCGUGGCCUCGCGCGUGAGGCUUUCUUUAAACGCGCGCUGAUCCGUAAGAUCGGGCGUGGGAUGGGGUUGGAGGAAACUGUGCCGUGA